CUUGCUGCAUUAGGCACACACUAGGUGUACAAGUGUCGAACAGCUCCUAAGAAUCAUCUUGCAUUAGUUUUUACAGUCUCGUGCAGAAACUCCCUGAUACCACAUUCACUGAGAGCAGAACAUUGCAUGAUUUAUGCUGAAGAUCUACUGCUGAAAUCAUGUGGAUGUGGAUACGCAGGAGAAUGUCGUGUUUUGUUUUAUUGCCAACAAUUGCUAUAAUAAGAACAUGGAUUGACCCAAUUGUCGCCGGUGCCCAAGUUGCCAGCUCUUUCUAUGACACUGGACUGCUUCUGGCGGUAAAGAAUCACUACAACCAUACUAUAGAUGCUUCUAACAGCUCUAGCGAGGACGCAUUACAAAAAGCCAUCUCCAACUUCUACAUCAUCCACAACCUAAUUCUAGGGUUAGCCCCUUUGCUCUCGGCUUAUAUCCUGGCAAGAAUUAGUGACAAGGGGAAUCGAAAGAUCACCAUCUGUGUACCUCUAGCUGGGUACCUCAUUUCUAGGUUAUUCCUAUUGUUUGUCAUUCUCUGGGACUGGCCAAUAGAAAUCAUGUAUGGAUCUGCAGCGCUGAAUGGUUUAACAGGCUGGUUUACAGCCUAUUGGUCUGGUGUGAUGGCCUGGGCUUCACGAGGUUCAUCUGAGAGCAGAAGAUCUCUGAGACUUAUCAUCGUUGAACUGGUGUAUGGACUGGCAGGGUUCAUAGGCAGUUUGGCAUCUGGUCACAUAUUUGUGCAUUUUCAAAUUACCAGGCACAAUGGUGUUGUCCUUGUUUCCUGCAGCCUUGCACUUUAUUUAUUUUGCCUCCUGUACAGUAUUUUUGUAUUAAAGCCCCCACAUGUCGAGGGUAUACAGAACGUUAAUUCUAUACCAAGUGACAGUGAAAACAAAGUUGCAGCACCAACAGAAAAUUCCAGGCUACUUGGCGCCUAUUCUGAUGGACAAGCUGCUUCCAUCCCGGCUAUCAACACCACGCUCCCACCAAAAGUCUUGAUAGCCCUACUUUUCACUGGAGCCAUCUUCUACAAUGUUGCUGUCAGUGGAGCUGUAGACGUGCUUCCAUUUUAUGUGAUAAAAGAGCCGCUAAGCUGGGGCCCAGUGUUCAUUGGCUAUGGCAGUGCUGCUGGGUACCUGAUAUUCAUCACCAGCUUCUUAGCUGUGUAUAUUUUGUCCGGGCGUGUGAAGGAUCUCGUCCUAACGUGUAUUGGCAUUGUGUCCUUCUGUGCGGGUAUAAUAAUCAUGGCCUUUGUGCAAAAAACAUACUUAUAUUACAUAGCCCGUGCUGUGAUGAUGUUCUCUCUCAUACCACUACCUACCAUCAGAUCUGUCCUAUCCAAGCAAGUGCAAGGUUCAUCCUAUGGAAAAAUCUUUGUUGUACUUCAGUUCUCUCUGGCAAUCUCUGCAGUGAUUACCUCCAUUGCAUUCAACAAGAUCUACCAGGCUACAUUACAACUUUUCUCUGGUUCAAGUUUUAUCCUAUCUGCUGCAAUUGCUGCUCUGAGUCUUAUUCCCAUUGGUAUUGCAGCAUAUAAGUAUCCAAAAAGACCGAAUACUGAAGCCACAACGUGACCAGAAUCCAAGAUGGCAGAGACUGAUCAAUCCUGUUUCUUUGAUGUAUAUUUCACUAAAUCUUUAUAAUGAACAUUUUAGUUCCCGUACUAGGCUCAUGUGUUUUACAAUAAAUACUCACCUAUUUCAAGCUUUAAGAAGACAGUAUAAUAUUCGUGAAAACCCCACAACAUUCGCUAACUGGAAAAGGCCUGGUAUAUUACAUGUCUUACAGUAACGAUAUCAUGAAGAAGUGGCCAAUCUACAGUUACUUGGAUUGAAAAAAAGACACAUGUCAAUCAAGUUCAGCCUUUAUACUGUGCCAGGAAAAGACUGACAGCCCCAUGGUGAGCCACACUCACCAAUUCUGCAGCCAAACACUGGGUCAGUUGGUUAUAUCCUCUAAUGUUUCCAAUUGGUCAUUGACUGUAUCCCAUCCCACCAGAGAGAUGGGUCCACCAGGGUGUGUGGAAAGUUUGAGCCUUGUUGUAAGUGUGAAAAUAUGUUUGUCUGGUUGUAGUAUUGCAGUGUUGUGAUUGCAAUGUGCUACUCACCAAAAGUUUGUAAUAUGGGAUCGUAUUUUAUGUAUGUGUGAAUUUAUUUAGAAAAAUAGAAUGUGACGGCAGAUAAGAACCAUUCGGCCCAUCUAGUCUGCCCAAUUUUCUAAAUACUUUCAUUAGUCCCUGGCCUUAUCUUAUAGCUAGGAUAGCCUUAUGCCUAUCCCACGCAUACUUAAACUCCCUCACUGUGUUAAACUCUACCACUUCAGCUGAAAGGCUAUUCCAUGCACCCACUACCCUCUCUGUAAAGUAACAGUUACUAAAAAUUAUUUUUUUAACCUUGCCUCUUGGUUUCCAAAUACAUCCUGAGGAUGUUACUUUUGCCCAGCAUCCAGGGGAUGUUACUAUUGCGACCCCCAAGGUUGAACAGAUUCUACUGAUGAAACAUUAGCCCACUGAGCUAUAUCACCGGGCUGUUUAGCAGAUAUACCCCAAUCUCCAGCAUAUCAGGUGGGGGUGUAAGGGAGGUUUUAUACUAUAGUUAGAUGAAGGUCAUAUUGACCCCUUUGGGCUUUGUAAAACUUUUUACUUUGGUGGCUGGCUAGUGAUAGUUUUUAACGAUUUGCCGCCUGGCUGCUAGCACUGGUAGUUUAUCCCACAAUGUAAUAGAGUUGGUGAUUAAGCGAGCAGUAGAAUAUGCAAGAGGGCUGGAGCAAUUUGGUAACCAGAUAAAAAUAAACUAUGGGAUCAAUGGCCCCUACUGACUGAAGAUGAAUAGUUCCAAGUUAAUCCACAUUUGAAAGUUGGUAAAAUGCGUCAAUGUUAAAUCUGGGAGAGCUGUACAAGCACUGAUGUUUUAAAUGCAAAGAAAUUGGUUGCCACAUGAUUUAACUCUUACAUCGCAGAAUGGUUUUUUUUUUUUAACGAUUUGUCUCCUGGCUGCUAGCGUUGGCAGUAAGUAUGUAGAACUGAUUAUUAUAGCAAAAAGCAAG